AUGGCUUCAAACGCCUCCGCAGAGGGCGUGGUCACACUGAAAAUGAUCAACGAACUCCAACAGCAAGUUCUCGACAACAAUCCCAUCUACAAAUACUUGCUUUCCGAUCUAACAAUCAUCCACGUCUCCCCCGGCCUCAUCGAAGCACAAGUUCCAGUCUCAAAAACUCUCAUGAACAGCAAAUCCAUCCUCCAUGGCUCCACUUCGGCAACCAUUAUCGAUUGGAUCGGAGGCAUCGUCAUUGCUUCCACUUCGCCUGAUCGUUUCAAGAACCGCGGUGUCAGUGUCGAUAUCCAUGUGACGUAUGUUGGUGCUGCGAAAGAGGGCGAUCUGUUGUUGAUCAAGGGUACAAGUAGUAAGGUCGGAAGGAAUUUGGCAUUUAUCCAUGUUGAGAUCAAGGCAAGGAAACAGGGUGGGAGGGAAACGGGGGAGGAUGAUAGGGUGGUUGUAAAAGGGAGUCACACUAAAUAUGUUGGUUGA